UAGAAUGAUCCCUACAAAUACUGUAUUUUGCUGUUUCAGGUGCUGAGAAGAACAUGUAGUAGAAUUUUUCACAAAACAAAUGGAACAUAUCACAGAACUUCGCUAAGAUGGACAACCUUGCACAAAACAACCAACAGCCUGGCAGAAAACAUUCCAGAAAUGCUGACAAAAUACAGAAAGGUUAUACUGCUGCAUAUCCAACACAAUCUUCCAUUCCUUUUAAAUAUCAGUCUUCGAUAAUUCCAGAAUCAGAAAAAAAAGGAUUUAAUAGUCAAGCCAAACGAUUCUAUCAUAAAAAGGAUGAUAGCCCUGGUCCUGGCUUCUACAACGUCAUUCACCAAUCUCCAGUGUCCAACAGUGUCUCGUUGUCCAAGAAAGGGACAUGCACUUUUCCCUCUAUGUGUGCCCGAAUGGACACCAUCAUUUCUAAAUAUCCUGCAGCUACUGCAUACACUCUCCCAUCACGUUUUGUUUCAAAGAAAGACUUCAGUAAUUCCUGUUCCAGCAUGUUCCAGUUGCCAAGCUUUGCGAAAGUUCUCAAAUUUGAAACUCCUGCUCCAAACCAUUAUAAUGCCUCCGUCUCUUACUGCAAGCAGAAAAAUAACGUCUGUGCCCGAGCCGGGUUUAUGUCCAAAACCCAGAGAGGAUGGUUCACUAUUGCUGAAAAAGGACCUGCCCCAGGGUACUAUAAUAUCAACGAAUCCCUUGUGAAGAAGUCGCCGAAUAUAUUAAUGUCUUGUUUUAAAUCAAAAACUGGCCGUGGAUUAAAACUGACGUCAACAGGCCCAGGACCCGGUUAUUACAAUCCAAAUGAUCACAUCAAAAUUCCGAAAAAGACUCUUAUCCCGAAAAAUCCCAUCCUGAACUUCUCCGCCAACCCCCUGCCUCUGCCCGCGAAGCCGUCUCUCCCAGGCCCUGGUCAGUAUGAGAUCGUGGACUACGCGGGGCCCCCCAAGCAUUUCAUCUCCAGCGCUUCCUUCGUGUCCAACACCAGCCGCUGGACAAUGGCACCGUCCCAGCCCGGCCUGCCUGGCCCAGCCACGUACAAGCCAGAAUUCCCUGGAAAGCAGUCCUUUCUCUACAACGAGGACAAGAAGUGGAUCCCGGUGUUGUGA